GCCUGCAGCCUCAGUCUCAAAACUCGUGUUUGUUUUAAUUUGACUAGGGGCAUAAUAGGUCGCCGCGCGCUCCUACGUCAGUAUAUAACCCAUCACGCAGGGGAGGGGGGGGGGAAGAAGAUAUUUACGUGUCGCUACCUGCGGUCGGAACUUGAAACAUCACAAUAAAGGGGCGAAAUGGGAGGAAAGUCGUCGCUCGCUCAGUGAAGUUGGAGGAUCUCCUUGUGGAAGAGGAAGAGGCGGCGGACACCAGAGCUCACUCGCGCCGUCGUAAGAGUGAGCCCAGCCUUCCUUCGUACCUCCUCCGCUUAGGUGGGCUAAGAUGAGUAUAACCAGUGACGAAGUGAACUUCCUGGUCUACAGAUACCUUCAAGAAUCAGGUUUCUCCCACUCAGCAUUCACCUUUGGCAUCGAGAGCCACAUAAGCCAGUCCAACAUCAAUGGAACACUAGUGCCCCCUGCUGCCCUCAUCUCCAUCCUUCAGAAGGGACUUCAGUAUGUGGAGGCAGAGAUCAGCAUCAACGAGGAUGGCACCGUUUUCGACGGGCGGCCGAUCGAAUCGCUGUCCCUCAUCGACGCCGUGAUGCCAGACGUGGUGCAGACGCGGCAGCAGGCCUUCCGCGACAAGCUGGCCCAGCAGCAAGCCGCCUGUGGCGCAGGGGCGUCCGCCUCGGGCAACCAGUCCAUCACACCAAAGAACGAAGAGACCACCGUCAACGGGGAGGAGAACGGCACUCACAUCAUGAAUCAUCAUAACGAGCCCAUGAAGAUGGAGGUGGACGUGGAGAUACCAGCCAGCAAGGCCACGGUUCUCAGAGGCCAUGAAUCUGAGGUAUUCAUCUGUGCCUGGAACCCAGUCAGUGACCUGCUGGCCUCGGGCUCGGGUGACUCCACGGCCAGGAUCUGGAAUCUAAACGAGAAUAGUCACUCCAACUCAACCCAGCUGGUACUGCGCCACUGCAUCCGAGAAGGCGGCCAGGACGUUCCCAGCAACAAAGAUGUCACCUCACUAGACUGGAAUAGUGAUGGGACUCUCUUAGCAACUGGGUCAUAUGAUGGAUUUGCCAGGAUAUGGACAAAGGAUGGAAACCUUGCAAGCACCUUGGGGCAGCACAAAGGGCCCAUAUUUGCACUGAAGUGGAACAAGAAGGGGAACUUUAUCCUCAGUGCCGGCGUGGAUAAGACGACAAUCAUUUGGGACGCGCACACAGGAGAGGCCAAGCAGCAGUUCCCAUUUCACUCGGCCCCGGCGCUGGACGUGGAUUGGCAGAACAACACGACUUUUGCCUCCUGCAGCACAGACAUGUGCAUCCAUGUCUGUCGACUGGGCAGUGACCGGCCUCUCAAGACCUUCCAGGGCCACAUGAAUGAAGUUAACGCCAUUAAGUGGGAUCCAUCAGGGAUGCUGCUUGCCUCCUGCUCAGAUGACAUGACCUUGAAGAUCUGGAGCAUGAAGCAGGACUCCUGCGUCCAUGACUUCCAGGCUCACAGCAAAGAGAUUUACACCAUCAAGUGGAGCCCAACAGGUCCCGGCACCAGUAACCCCAACUGCAACAUAAUGCUCGCCAGUGCCUCGUUCGAUUCGACGGUGCGUCUGUGGGACGUGGAGAGAGGCAUGUGCAUUCACACGCUGACCAAGCACCAGGAACCGGUCUACAGCGUGGCCUUCAGCCCCGACGGCAGACAUCUGGCCAGCGGCUCCUUUGACAAGUGUGUCCGCAUCUGGAACACCACGACGGGGGCCUUGGUACAUAGCUACAGGGGGACUGGGGGUAUUUUCGAGGUGUGCUGGAACAGCACUGGAGACAAAGUUGGUGCCAGUGCGUCAGACGGCUCGGUGUGUGUUCUUGAUCUCCGGAAAUAACACCGCGUGCAGAGGGGCGAUUUUGAGAUGAGUGGAACGGGCAGCAGAUUGCCUUCUUCUGACAUCAGCAAACACUUUCUCAUCGUGCGAGAAGGGGGCCUGUACGGUGAAUUGGAAGACAACCCUCGCAGCACUGGAAACACACGACCGCGGCGGCCCCCCCGAGAAACCAAAACCGAUUUCGGCUCGGCUCCACACUUCGUGAGCCGUGCGUUAUUGCCGCGCACACUCCAAUUUGAGACCACAACGGAAGUUGGCUUGGAAAUCUACCGGACUAAGGUUAAAACUCGGCUCCCUCGGCACUCUCGUGUAUUGAGAGGUUUCCACUGAGGAGGUGCCGUGACCCCUCCCGGCCAGCGGCGCCGCUGUCAUCUGGCUGUGGGUGAAAUCCCACCGAUGAGGGUUUUGUACAGAGAGAAGGGUUAGGCUGUGACGGGCUACAAAUUAAAGGAAGAGGUCGGUUUCUGAGAAUUCCUCCUGAGCAGAUGUCCGAUGUUACUAGCUGAUGCACUGGCAUCCUCUGAUGACGGGGUGCUUGACUUCUCAACGGAGAAAGGUUUGUUUUGAGAAUACUUCUUGCUGCCCCACACACACACACACACACAAUGGACUUACGCAAGUCAUGAAUAAAUGGUGGCGCUACGAGGUAGUUCUUAGGGCAUCUGGGUUCAAAUCGAGGUCGACAAGGAAAAACUGCCAAGGACUCCCCCUUGAAACCUUGAAAAUAGUGAAACGUUCGAUUCUGGGACAAGGAGGCGUCGUUCUGCAGACACGUGUACACGAUGUGAAAAGUGUGGUUUAUAAAGAGAAUCUCUUCCCUUUUUUUUUUGGAUGUACAUUUAAAUGAAUGUAAAGAUAUGUAAAUUAGAGGAAAUACACAGACUUAUAUACUGUGUAUAUAUGUUUAUAUACCGUACACUUUAACGCCAUCAUGUAGAGGCUCAAAACCGGCCCGGGGCGCUCACAUCUUUUUUUUUUUGCUAGUGUAAUGAGACUUCAACGUGCACGUCAGACCCGUUUCUUUCAUCAGGAGUUCAUCACAUGUUCGACACGGCCAGUCGUGGAUACAGUAAUAUCAGCUGGGCUUGUUCAGUAAGUCACAGGUUGCAUUGUGACAGACACGACCUAACCCCCCCCCCUUCUUUGUGUUGAUAACAAGCUCCACUGAAACGAUCAGAGAAGUUUUUCUUUUUUUUUCCAUUUAAUGUGGAAAAAGGACGCCACGGACCCAUCAGAUUGAACCUGUGAGGACGUCAUUAUGCAAGUUUGCAUGACAUCCUCACAGGUCGCACACAACAUGCAAAAAGUACCUGCAUGUAUAACGGUGACGUGGUUUCCGUUUGGCACCUUUUCUCUGAUCAGUGUACUGAAAACUCAGCGCUCGUUCGUGGCCAGGAGGCGGCCAGUUGACUCGAGAGUCCUGCUGUUGUUGAAGAGGUUAUGAUGGGUCUGGUUAGACCUGGUUCCCGCGUGAUGCUGCCGGUGUCGGUACUUGAUCUACUCGCCCUACCAGAUGUGCUCGGGGUCCUGCGACUACAGAUGACAUCACUUCUUCACGCAUUAUGAUUGGGUAGGGGCUAGUUCAGUUUAGGAACAGCGUGAAACAGUAGAUUGACUUUAGAU